AUGAUCGAAACCGCCACUAUGAGCGGAAUUCCGGUCGCCGAGGACAACAUCAUCAACCGGCGUGGUGGUGAAUCAAUUUACCAGAGCUGCGUCAACCUCAAAAAGCGGCUCUGGGAAGUGCCAUCCUUUGAACCUUACCUGGAAAAGAUGGAUGAAGAAGACCGUGAGCGCGGAAACACCGACCCCGUGGCCUCAUUGUGGAGCUUUCUUCGAGACGGUUAUCCCCUUUUGAGUCUCUACAAUGCAUCCGCUCCAGAGGAGCCGUUAGUUGUUGAUCCGGCCAAGGUGCCGGAGGCAAAGCGGCCUAAAGCUGCUACUUUCAAGUUCCUGCAGGCAUGCCUGCAAGAACUGGCAUUCCCUCAGCAGGACUGCUUCCUAAUCACCGAUCUUUACGGCGAAAGCACGACAGGAUUUAUUAAAGUGAUCAAGAUGGUCAAUCGCGUGGUGGAUAUCCUCGAAAUUCAGGGUCAAUUGAAAAGCCCCUCCGAAGUGACUGAUGCACCGAACGCAAAAGCAAACGUAAAACUCACUAAGCGAGAGCAUAUUCUUAAGGAGCUUCUGGAAACUGAGCGCGACUAUGUUCACCAUUUACAGAACCUCCAGGCGCUCAAGAAGGAAUUGGAGGAGACUGGUGCUCUGACAGGUGACGCAAGUCACCAGAUUUUCCUGAACCUGAACAAUCUGCUUGACUUUGCUCAACGUUUCUUGAUUCGGAUGGAGCAGCACUAUGCUUUGCCCGAGGAAAGCCAAAACUGGGGUAUUCUCUUUUCGUCGCAUGAGGAUGCCUUCCGACAGUAUGAACCAUUUAUUGCGAACCAAAUGCGCUGCGACGAGGUUUGUAUGCAGGAGUGGGAUAAAAUCAAGAAUGCGCCACGUCAUGUAGACCUUCAGCAAAUGGUUGCUCAGCCUAAAACCUUGAACGGAUUCUUUGUCAAGCCUUUCCAGCGUUUGACCAGAUACCCACUUAUGCUAUCGGAGCUUCGCAAACAAUUGGAAGACGAACAACUCAAGGCUGAUAUCACAGCAGCCAUUGAUUCCAUUCAGGUCACUCUCGAUUCGGCAAACGAAGCUAUCCACAAGGAACACUUGGUUACAGCAGUGGUAGAUUUGUCCGAGCGGGUUGAUGAUUGGAAGGCUUUGAAGAUGGAUUCAUUUGGAGAAUUGCUCCGUUUCGGUACCUUCUCGGUGGUCAAAGGCGACAGUGGCAAGGACAGUGAGAGAGAGUAUCAUAUUUUCCUAUUUGAGCGCAUCCUUCUAUGCUGCAAAGAUAUAAACCCGAACAAGCAGAAGACUAAGCUUAUGAUGAACAAAGACAAGCCAGCCCUUACGGCUAAAGGCAAAGCUCGUCUCCAAUUGAAGGGUCGAAUCUAUAUGGCCAACGUCACCGAUAUUGUCUGCCUUCAAAAGCCUGGCCUUUACCGUAUCCAAAUUUUUUGGAAGGGCGACCCAGGCGUGGUGGACAACUUCAUCAUUCGUUACGCGAAUGAGGAUACUAUGCGUAAUUGGUACAAGGACAUCGAUACCCAAAGGGCCAUUCAAUCAGAGCGACGCACUAUGCGGAAUACAGGCACCUCUGACAGCGAAUUCACCUAUUUGGAGGGCAUGACAAACAUACCGAAUCCAUAUCAGGAGUACGAGGUCGAGGAUGUGUCCAAAGAUCCGUCAUACUACUCUGAGUUCCCUAUGAGCCGGAAUGCGUCAAGCACUAGCCUGAGAACUCGGUCUGCCACCGGCGGUAGUACUGGUUCGGUCCCCCACGUGAAUGGUCGGCCUCGAUAUAACGCCACUGAUUCGGCACUUUCUGUCCAUACCCAGUUCUCAGGUGCUGGCAACAUGUCUCCUGGUGAUCGGAACAUGAACUCAUACUUUUCACCUGCAGAGACACCAUCCACACGUUCUAGCUCCCAAUCAACCGGGUUCUCGUUCGGUCGUCAAAACACCAAUUCUACCUCUGCAUCCUCCGUCUGGAACGAAGAAAACCAACGCUAUACCGCGCCGGCAUUGUCUCGGGCAACCUCCAGAGAUGGCAGCACACCUACAGGUUUCUACCCCCCUCCACAGCCCAAUGGCCGGAGCAAUCAGCGCCCAUCUCUGCCGCCUCUUUCGGGACCGCAAUCGGCUGCCGCUGCCAAUGGGACUGCCCAGCGUAUGCGCUCCGCUAGUAGUCCUGAUAUCCACCACCAUAACAAUAUGCCACCCGAGUCACGUCGGUACAUGGGAGCUCACACAAUGCAGACAGUUGACAAUGUCCCUGUGCCACCAAUCCCUGCACACAUGGCCAACAUGAAGGCCCCGGUUAACCGCAGCCAGAACAACUCACCCACCAACAGUCAGCUCCCAAUGCGUUCGCAACCGCAUCAUGUUCACCCAACACAUUUCACCGAGCCGGAGUAUAAUGAAUCCUACAACUCGGGGCUGGUCUCCGAACAAGCUACUUCUCCCUUGAGUCAAGAGCCCGACGGGGAUCCGUUUAUGCCCACUCAACUGAAGGCCAAAGUCAACUUCGACGACAACUACGUCACACUGGUGAUUGCAACUAAUAUUUUGUUCCGGUCAUUGACUGACCGUGUGGAUGCCAAGCUGGCUCGGUUUACAAAUCGAUCCAUAGGCAAUAAAACCGUUCGUCUACGUUACCGUGAUGAGGAUGGAGAUUUUGUCACCAUUGACAGUGAUGAGGCCGUUCAGCUUGCCUUUAUGGAAUGGCGUGAGCAGCACCGGGACAUGCUAGCGAAGGGUUUGGUUGGUGAGAUCCAGCUGUACUGUCAAGUAGUUGACUAG